UUUAGAGAAUGAACAAACCGAAACAGGACUGGGGAGCGUAUUAUUAUCAAGGGAAGCGAAAAAAUGGGAAAACUCGAUUAAUGUUGGACGUUGUUCAUCAGAUGAAUCAAGCAGUUCCAACAUUCAACGAGUUGUUUGAUGAGGAAACUUUCUACGUGUUUGCUUUUCUCGUGGUUCUUGUGGCAGUUAUAUUUGUGAUAGUGAUGGCAAAAUGCUUUAACGUUAAAAUUAAAGAAUACGAUAUCGAUAUAGAUAGAGAAUGGAGAGAUAUGACACCUGCUCAUCCGUUCAGAUUUCCUUGGGACGAUGCAAAAAAGGAUGCGAAAUUGAAGAAGGAUUGAUUACUUUGGAAAUUUUGGACAUUUCCUCACUUGAUAUAAUUUCACUUCGAUCAAAUAAACUAUUAUAAACUUACUUGUA